AUGCCGCCGGGAAGCGCAUUCAUCAGUAGCGCAAUCCUUUCUCUUGCUUCCCAAGAAAGUUUGUAUCCCAAAGAGCAGAGUCGAGCCGGGAGGCGUGCAGGGACGGGGCCGCUGAGAGCCCGGGACCGGGAUUGCCCUGCACAAGACCCCAGCCCCCCAUUUGCUGGGACUCUGCGAGGAGCCAUGGGAGAUCCUUUCAGCCUAGACGGAUUGUCCCCGGUACUCAACCUCUCGAGUGCCCUGCAGCCAGGCUGGAGCCUGAAUCUCUCCUCCUCCCCCGGGGACCGGCGCUGGCCUUCCCUUAGCCGGCAGGUGCGGGUGAUCUCCGCGACCGCCAUCCUGCUGCUGGGGCUGCUGGGCAAUUGCCUGGUGCUGCAUCGCCUCUGCUGCUGUGGCUGCUGCGGCCGGGGUAGGCGGCGGCGCAAGAUGGAUUUCCUUAUCGCCCACCUGGCGCUGGCCGAUCUCUACGGCUGCGGGCUGGCCCUGCUCUCGCAUCUGGCGGCGGAGCUGUUGGGUGCCGCCUGGCCAGCGGGGGACGCCGCCUGCCGCCUGCUUAAGCUACUGCAGGGCUCCGGCCUCCUGGCCUCGUCCAACUUGCUGGUGCUCAUCGCCAUGGAGCGGCACCACGUGGUGAGGCGGCCGGCGGACCCGCCGCUGCCCGCCCGGGCCCUGGCCGCGCUGGGCUGGCUGCUGGCGCUGCUGCUCGCCCUGCCCCAGGCCUUCGUCUUCAGAAUCGCCUCCCGCCCCGGGGGCAGCCGCUGCCUCAGCAUCUUCGAGCAGCUGCCGCGCUGGCACGGCCAGGCCUACGGCGUGUACGGGGCCGCCACCGGCUUCUUGGCGCCCGUCAGCCUGCUGUGCUGGGCCUACGGCCGCAUCCUCCUCGCCCUCUGGGCCGCCCAGGAGGAGAAGCCGCCGGCGGCGCGGGGGGAAGGCGGCAGCGGCCGCCGCCGGGGGCGGCCGGCCGCACGGCCCCUGCUGCUGAGGCUGCCGGCCACCAGCUGCCCCAUGCCCCGGGCUCGGGUCAAGACGCUCCAGCUGACGCUGGUGCUGAUCGCCCUGUUCGCGCUCUGUCGCCUGCCCCGCUUCGUGCUGGAGCUCAGCAUGGCCUUUGGGCCCGGCGGGGAGGCCCCGGCCACGGCCGGGCUGCGGGAGGCGCGGGCCGCGCUCGGCAUCGUGGCGGUAACCAACAGCGCGCUGAACCCCUACGCCUAUCUGCUCUUCCAGAGCCACCGGCCCUGGGCGCGCCGUCUGCAGAGGAGCCUCUGCAGUGCGGGACCCGGCCCGACCUGCUGCUGCCCCGGCCCCGAGGGGGAGCCCCGCCGCCGGCCGAACCACCGCGCCCCGCACCGACACCGCCCGAAGAACGGGCCGCCCCCCGGAGCACAGCGCGCCGCGUUCUGCACCCCAGUACCGCCGCCCGGCUCAGGCCCCCGGGAGCCUGAGGACACCUCCGCCUGUGAGAGCGGCUUCUAA